AUGGCCUUCAACGCCGCCUCUCACAAUAUCACCGGUGAGCCAACUGGUUCUCCUUCUGGCCCCCCACCACCUGUAUCUUCCGAGACUACUUCCGCUGUUCAACAAGCCGCAAAGACGGAUUCGCUCGGUCAGAAUGUCCCCGGCAAGGAUCAGCAAGGUAACGAGAAAGGCCAGACUGUAAUCGGGGAAGCAGGGAAGGAGAAGACUGCCAAAGAAAUCGAAAGAGACCGCAAAAAGGCUGAAAAGCUCGCCAAAUUCCAAGAGAAACUGUCCAAGAAGGCGGCACCCGCCACUGCAGCCCCCAAAGAGGUCAAGGAAAAGAAGAUCAAGAAGCCUGCUGCUGUCGAUGCAUAUGAACCCCAAAAGAUCGAAUCUGAUAGGUAUGAUUGGUGGGAGAGUAGAGGAUACUUCAAGCCUCAGUUCACAGAGGACGGCAACAUCAAGCCCGAAGGCAAAUUCGUUAUCCCCAUUCCUCCCCCAAAUGUCACAGGCUCUUUACAUAUGGGCCAUGCUUUGACCAAUGCCCUUCAAGAUACCAUGAUUCGUCACGCGAGAAUGCAGGGAAAGACGACCGCCUGGAUUCCUGGUUGCGACCAUGCUGGAAUUGCAACCCAAACUGUGGUGGAAAAGAUGAUCUACAAGCUCGAAGGCAAAACCCGACACGAUAUCGGUCGUUCCGCUCUUCUGGAAAAGAUCUGGGAAUGGAAAGAGAAAUAUCAUGCCAAUAUCACCAAUCAACUGAAACGACUUGGUGGUUCCAUGGAUUGGAGCCGAGAAGCUUUCACCAUGGAUGAGAACCUUUCUCUAGCUGUUCGAAAAUCUUUCAUUGACCUCUACGAUGAAGGUAUCAUCUACCGCGCCAACCGACUUGUCAACUGGUGUUCAGCACUCAGUACCUCCUUAUCCAACCUGGAGGUGGACAAUAAAGAAUUGAAGGGUCGGACCAAACUAAAGGUGCCUGGGUACGACAAGAUGGUCGAAUUUGGUGUGCUUACGUACUUCAAAUAUCCCAUCGAUAAUGGUGAUGACUCGCACAAGACCUCCACAUCAGCAGACCGAUUCAAAAGUCAUGAGUUUAUCGAGAUUGCUACUACUCGUCCCGAAACAAUGCUAGGUGAUACUGGCAUUGCUGUGCAUCCUGCGGACAAGCGAUAUGAGCAUCUUGUUGGCAAAUAUGCCAUUCAUCCAUUCCUGCCUGAUAGGAAGAUCAUCAUCUUCGCAGAUGAAGAAGUCGAACGAGAAUUUGGUACCGGUGCCGUGAAGAUCACACCCGCCCAUGAUCCUAAUGAUUUCAACAAAGCCAAGAAGCAUAACUUGGAAUUCAUCAAUAUUCUCACUGAUGACGGUUUGAUGAACGCUAAUGCCGGUCCUUACGAAGGUCACAAGAGAUUUGAUGUGCGGUAUGAAGUCAUCACUGCACUCAAAGAGCUGGGUCUUUAUACCAAGCAGGAGGACAAUCCAAUGACGAUUCCAAUGUGCCAGAGAAGUAAAGAUGUGGUUGAGCCAAUUCUCAAACCCCAGUGGUGGAUGAGUAUGAGUCAAAUGGCACAAGAGGCUGACAAGGCUGUUCUCGAUGGAAAGAUCCUCAUCAGACCUGAAUCCGAGUCACGCCGUUUCCAUUACUGGAUGCAGAACAUUCAAGAUUGGUGUAUUUCUCGACAGCUUUGGUGGGGUCAUCGAGCUCCCGCUUAUUUCAUUGAGCUUGAAGACGGAACCAGCGAUAACGCUGAGGGCAAGUACUGGGUGUGUGCUUAUGAUGAGAGUGAGGCUCGGCUCAAAGCAGAGAAGAAAUUUCCUGGCCAGAAGUUUUCACUACAUUGGGACGAAGACGUACUAGACACAUGGUUCUCCAGUGGACUGUGGCCCUUUUCCACUCUGGGUUGGCCCAAGGAAACCUCAGAUCUGCGCACACUCUAUCCCACAGAAGUGCUAGAGACCGGCUGGGACAUCUUGUUUUUCUGGGUAGCUCGAAUGGUGAUGCUCGGCCUCAAACUGACCGGAGACGUGCCUUUCACCGAGGUUUACUGCCACUCUCUCAUCCGAGACGCCGAAGGACGCAAGAUGUCCAAGUCCUUGGGCAACGUUGUGGAUCCUCUCGACAUUAUUCGGGGUAUCACACUUGAAAACCUUCACAAGCAACUCUACUCAGGCAAUUUGGAUGAGGCCGAGGUUGAUCGUGCGAAGACGUACCAGAAAACUGCGUUUCCCAAAGGAAUUGAAGAGUGUGGUGCCGAUGCACUUCGGUUUACAUUGGUGAACUACACCACAGGAGGUGGUGAUAUUGCCUUUGAUAUCCGAGAGAUUGAGGCGAAGAGAAGAUUCUGCAACAAGAUCUACCAAGCAACCAACUUCGCACUAGGAAGACUGGGGGACAAAUUUGUGGCUGAUGCCAAACCCACGGAUAACAAGCCCAAGUCGUUGGCAGAGAAGUGGAUUCUCCAUCGACUCAAUCAAGCUACCAAGGAGAUCAACGAAGCCAUGGAGAAGCGAGAAUUCUCGAUCGUCGCCGGUACCCUGUAUCAGUACUGGUUCAAUGUGCUCUGCGACACAUUCAUUGAGAAUUCCAAAUAUAUUCUCACACCAGAGGCAGCAGAGGAUGAGAGACACUCCGCACAACAGACGCUAUAUACUGCUCUGGAGGGUGGUCUCUUGCUAAUGCAUCCCAUCAUGCCAUUCUUGACAGAGCAUCUGUGGCAGAAGCUGCCUCGCCGCAAUGGUGACACUACCGAGAGUAUCAUGAUUGCGAAAUAUCCAGCCUUCACCGAAGUCCUGGACCAGCCUAAGGCAGCCCAGGAAUAUGAAUUCAUCAUGGACGUUGCUGCUGGAGCUCGAAGUCUUUUGUCUCAGUAUGGAUUCAAAGAGCCUGGUGAUAUUCUCAUUCAAACCUAUUCAGAUUCGGCUUAUAAGACGGCCUCGACUGAACGAACGUCGAUCAGAUCUCUUGGUGGCAAAUACGCAGGAGAAAUCGAGGUGCUCGCUCCCAGUAAGGACUCGACCCCACCAGCAGGUUGUGCUCUACAGAGCAUCAAUGCCGAUGCCGCGGUUUAUCUCAAGAUUGUGGGACGGAUAGACAUUGAUGCCGAGUUGAAGAAACGCCACAAGGGAAUUGAAGAUGCGAAGGCCAAGAUCGAGAAGCAGAAGAAAAUCAUGAGCGGCGCUGGAUGGGCCAAGGCGAGCAAGGAGACACAGGCCAAGGAACAGGAGAAGUUGAUUGAUGCUGAGAGUGAGGUACAGAGAUUGGACGAGGCAGCCAAAGAUCUGGAGAGGUUGAAGCUGGAAUGA